UGAAGUCGCCAACAUGGAAGGAAGUAAAGAGACGGCUUCUGCGAGUGCACUUUUGAAUGAGGAAUGCUACGCUGAUUUCCGUGCGGAAGAUUUUGAGGUGAAGACCUACACAGCCCAGGCCAUUCACCAUGCAGUCAUCGCUGAGCAGCUGGCUAAGCUGGCACAAGGAAUUAGUCAACUGGACAAAGAGCUCCACGUCCAGGUUGUUGCCAGGCACGAGGACCUGUUGGCUCAAGCGACAGGGAUUGAGUCCUUAGAAGGUGUACUGCAGAUGAUGCAGACAAGGAUUGCUGCCCUGCAAGGUGCAGUGGACAGGAUAAGGACCAAAAUUGUUGACCCUUACAAUAAAAUUGUUGCCAGGACCGCUCAGUUGGCCAGGUUGCAGGUGGCCUGUGACCUGCUGCGGCGCAUCAUUCGCAUCCUGUACCUGAGCAAACGCCUACAGGGCCAGCUGCAGGGUGGCAGCCGCGAGAUCACCAAGGCAGCGCAGAGCCUCAAUGAGCUGGACUACUUGUCACAAGGAGUCGACCUCUCUGGCAUUGACGUCAUCGAGGCUGACCUUUUGUUCAUAAGCCGUGCUCGACUGGAGGUGGAGAACCAGGCCAAACGACUGCUGGAGCAGGGCAUGGAGAUCCAGAAUCCCACACAGGUGGGGACAGCACUGCAGGUCUUUUACAACCUGGGCAGCCUGAAGGAAACCAUCAGCAACGUGGUAGAUGGUUACAGGGCCACUGUGGAAGACAACGUGUCCACCGCCCUGGACAUCCGUGUCCUCACUCAGCCUGGAGGCACUCGAGGUGGGCCGGGACGUGCAGCGAUGCCAACCCCAGGCAACACAGCCGCCUUCAGGGCUGCUCUCUGGACCAACCUGGAGAAACUCAUGGACCAGAUCUGUGCUGCCUGUGGACAGGUUCAACACCUCCAGAAGGUUCUCACUAAGAAGAGAGACCCAGUUACACACGUGUGCUUCAUUGACGAAAUUGUGAAGGAUGGACAAGCAGACAUCAUGCGCACAUUCUGGACUUCAGUCACUCAGAUUCUCUCCACUGAGUUCCAGAAGGCCACCAGCACCUCUGCCUUCCUGAAGCAGGCCCUGGAAGGCGAGUACCCCAAGCUGCUGAGGCUCUACAAUGAGCUGUGGAAGCGUCUACAGCAGUACAGCACCAGCAUCCAGGGGGCUCUGACAAGCAGUGGGGUUGGGGCUGGGGUUGGGGGCCUAGACCUUUCUACGGAGCUCCCCACCUCUGAGUUGGAGCCCCAUGACCUCUUCAUGCAGAACAAACAAGAUUAUGAUCCAGAGAAGGCGUUGAAGGACUCGCUACAGCCCUACGAAGCGGCCUACCUGUCCAAGUCAUUGUCGCGCCUCUUCGACCCCAUCAAUCUCGUGUUCCCACAGGGGGGACGCAACCCCCCGUCCAAUGAUGAACUGGAGAGCAUAAUCAAGACCAUAGCCAGUGAGCUGAACGUGGCUGUGGUGGAUCCAAACCUGACCCUGGCUGUGGCGAAGAAUGCAGCCAAGACCAUCCAGCUCUUCUGCGUCAAGUCAGAACAGCUGCUAUGCACCCAGGGGGAUGCCAGCCAGGUGAUUGGACCCCUGACGGAGGGACAGAGGCGCAACGUAGCAGUGGUGAACUCGCUGUACCGGCUACAGCAGGCCGUGGACAAGAUGAUUUCUGGGCUGAGCUCCUUCCCCCCAGCGGCAGAGCAGUCCCUCUCAGGCUCCCUGCAGGCGGUUCAGGCUCUGAUGGCUGGGGCGGUCCAGCCCCUACUCCUGUCUGUCAGCGAUUCUGUGGAGGCCAUCAUCAUCACCAUGCACCAGGAGGACUUCUCUGGGCCCCUGCCUGCCUCAGCCAAGCCCGAUGUGCCGUGCUCCCUGUACAUGAAGGAGCUGCAGGGCUUCAUCUCGCGUGUCAUGAGCGACUACUUCCACCACUUCCAGUGCCUGGACUUUAUCUACGACAACACGGAGGCCAUCGCCCAGCGUGCCAUCGAGCUAUUUGUGCGACACGCCAGCCUGCUUCGGCCCCUGGGCGAGGGGGGCAAGAUGCGGCUGGCAGCCGACUUCGCUCAGAUGGAGCUAGCAGUGGCACCGCUCUGCAGGAGAGUGUCCGACCUGGGGAAACCAUACCGCCUUCUGCGCUCCUUCAGGCCACUGCUCUUCCAGACCAGCGAGCACAUAGCCAACAGUCAGGCCACGGGAGACCUCAUCCCCUACAGCACUAUCCUCCACUUCCUGUUCACACGAGCCCCGCCGGAGCUCAAGUCUCCAAACCAGAGGGCGGAGUGGUCAAUCGCCCGCUACUCCCAGUGGCUGGAUGACCACCCUUUGGAGAAGGACCGACUGACCCUCAUAAGGGCUGCGCUCGAGGCCUAUGUGCAGGAGGUGAGGGCUAGGCAGGGGAAGGAGUUUGCACCUGUGUAUCCCAUAAUGCUCCAGCUGUUACAGAAGGCUACCACCGGAGUGUAGGGUGGACACCAGCAGGGUCGCUUUGCGGCACACAGGUCACCUUCCGCUCCACAGGAGAAACUUUUCUUUUCAAUUACUUUCUAAAAUGAAGGCUGGACUCUCUAUAUGUUCGCACUUCAGUAAAAUGAACUUUACUGAAAAUGACAGUGGUUCCAGAGCAUCGUAAGAUGAACAUUUCUGGGUAAAUCAGUUUCGUUUCAGUCCUUCAGAUUCUACUUUUAAUCCCUUUCACUGAGUUACUGAAUAUUAGGUAGCAGGGACCGUCUAUUGUAAUAUACACGGGUGGUGACCAGAUGACUCUAAAUGAUUGUCUCCACUGGCAAACUGCAAGUACCUUUUUCUACUGGUCUUCAAGGCUGUCCAGUGUAAGUGAAAACUUGGGCUCAUUGUUCCUCUUUCAUUGUGUUCUAAUGUACACAAGCAACUGUUCUUUUCACUUUGUAGAGGCUUGUCGGGUGCGUUGUGGGGGGAUCUGGGGCUUUGGAAUUAAAUUAUCGGUUUAAAAAAGUUCU